AUGGGGGCCCCUAGUGAGGGUGGGGGGGGGGGGGGGGGGGGGGGGGGGGGGGUGGGGGGGGUGCGAGGACGCGACUGGUUUCAUGUCGUACCCCCGUGGGGGGGCCAGGUCGCUCCCUCCAGAAAUACUACAAGGGCAAUAUCCAAUUUUUGCAAAUACUCAUACUUUGUCGAGUGUGGCGUUUUGUACUCUUGUGGGACCGUACCGCUGUGGCGUGUGUCUUGUGUUUGCUUGAGUGAUUAA